CUCUUUCGUUCUCUUAAAUCAAGACUCCAUCUUCUUCUUCUUCUUGCCAUUUCCCAUCUUCAAUCUCCAAUCGAUCGAGCAAAAAGAAAAAUGCUUGCAGUGUUCGAAGAAUCGGUGGCCAAAAGCCCCGAAGCCUUAGCCAGUCCUCACUCCUCUGAAUCCUCUGCUUGCGCUUUGAAAGACGGUUUCCUUGCUCAGCAUUUCUCUUCAAAACACUCUGGUUCCGUUACAAUCAACCUUGCUUCUUCUGGGUUCUUGGCAUUUAACAAUGAAAAGCAAAACCCACUUCUCCCAAGAUUGUUUGCUGUUGUUGAUGACAUAUUCUGUCUGUUUCAAGGCCAUAUUGAGAACGUGGCUCAUUUGAAACAGCAAUAUGGGUUAAGUAAGUCUGCAAAUGAAGUGAUUAUUGUGAUUGAAGCUUACAGGACAUUGAGAGAUAGAGGACCUUACCCACCUGAUCAGGUUGUGAGAGAUUUUAAUGGCAAAUUUGCUUUUAUUCUCUUUGACAGUUCAUCCAAAUCCACUUUCAUAGCUGUUGAUGCUGAUGGGAGUGUCCCAUUCUUCUGGGGAACUGAUGCCCAAAGCCAUCUUGUUUUGGGGGAUGAUUCUGAAAUGGUUAAGAAAGCCUGUGGAAAAUCAUUUGCACCAUUUCCUAAAGGAUGCUUUUUCACAACCUCGGGAGGGUUGAGAAGUUUUGAGCACCCAUUGAAUGAGGUGAAGCCAGUGCCAAGAGUGGACAGUUCAGGGGAAGUGUGUGGAUCUCUAUUCAAAGUGGAUUCAGAAUCCCGCAAGGAAUCUUUUGGCAUGCCUAGAGUCGGGAGUGCAGCAAAUUGGUCUCAGAAUUACUGACUUUUUUUAACCUUUCUUUCUCCAUCAUGAUCUUGCUACCUACUACUAUUCUGUAUGUUUGAGCUUUGAGCUCUCUUUAGUAACUGUAAUUUGAUUACAAAACCUUGAAAACUAUGUACUGUUACUUGUGCCAUUUCUUAUAUUUGAUGUUGGUCUUCAUAUGAUGGUAUUUGUGUUUUGUUCAUUGUU